AUGGCUUCGCAUCCUCCAUCUCUGCGGCAGAGGCAAAUUGCUUCCAUUGAGAAGAUCCUAAAUCUGAACCAUGAAGCGCCUCACCAAACUGAAUUCCAGGGCGACGCCGCCAGCCCGACAGGCCUAAUACACUCCACUCCCAUCCUCAAUGAAGAUGGCGAUCCCAUAUGGAAAGUGCUGGUGUUUGAUAACUUGGGCCGAGAUGUUAUAAGUAGCGUUUUACGAGUGAACGACCUGCGAACUUGGGGUGUGACGAUUCAUCUCCCUCGAUACCCAAUUCCCGAUGUUCCUGUGAUCUACUUCGUUGAACCAACCCCAGAGAACGUACAACUUGUGACCUCAGACCUUUCCAGGGAUAUCUACUGCCGCGCAUACGUAAAUUUCAUAUCUUCCAUUCCGCGGCCACUCUUAGAGGACUUUGCAUCUCAAAUAGCCUCCACGGGGACAUCAGAAAAAGUUGCCCAAGUUUAUGAUCAGUAUUUGAACUUUAUUGUUUCAGAACCAGAUUUGUUCAGUUUAGGGAUGGGGAAAGACAUGUAUUGGAAAUUAAACAGCGCCAAAACCACGGACGAGGAAUUGGAUAACAUGAUAGACAGAAUUGUGAGUGGUCUGUUUAGUGUCAGUGUCACGAUGGGCUCCAUCCCAAUAAUCAGAUGCCCUAAAGGAGGAGCAUCCGAACUGAUUGCGACUAAACUCGAUCGUAAACUGAGGGAUCACAUAUUAAAUUCAAAGGAUAAUUUGUUCUCCAGUGCAUCCCAACGACAGGGUGUUAGCGUCCCAUCAGUCCGCCCAGUUCUCAUUAUCGUUGACCGUAAUGUGGACCUUGUUCCUAUGCUUUCCCAUUCUUGGUCUUACCAAUCACUGGUUCAUGAUGUCUUGAAAAUGCAUCUUAACCGUAUCACCGUGGACGUACCAGUCGACGACUCAAACCCAGCGAAGGGCACCACGAAACGUUCAUAUGAUUUGAGUGUGAAUGAUUUCUUUUGGAACCGCAACGCAAGCGUCCCAUUUCCACAGGUGGCCGAAGACAUUGACGCUGAAUUGACGCGGUACAAGGAAGACGCGGCUGAGAUCACGAGGAAGACAGGCGCUUCUUCCAUCGAAGAUCUUCAAAAUGAUAUGGGCGCAUCCGCUCAACACCUCAAAACUGCCAUCACACUUCUUCCAGAGUUGCGGGAACGCAAGGCACUGCUCGACAUGCACAUGAACAUCGCUACUGCUCUUCUGAAGGGAAUUAAGGAUCGUCAACUAGAUAAUUACUUCCAGCUUGAAGAAAACAUUAUGAAGCAGAAUAAAUCACAAAUCCUCGAAAUAUUAUGCAAUGCUAACGGAGGCACCGAUCCAUCCGACAAACUAAGGUUCUUUUUAAUUUGGUUCCUAAGCACAGAAACAGACCUCUCAAGAGCAGAGUUGAACCGCUUUGAAGAGGCGCUCAUGCAAGCCGGAUGCACAGACAUUGACGCAGUAGCGUUCGUGAAAAGAGUCCGAGAAAUUACUCGGAUGACGAUGAUGACAACCGCGGCCACUGCUGCUACCCAACAACCUUCCUCUGACCUCUUCCGUGGAUUCUCCUCGCUCUCGAACCGCCUUACAGACCGCAUUACCUCCGGCGCGCUUGGCGCGAAUUUCGACUCCUUAAUAUCCGGCGUAAAGAACUUCCUCCCUGUAAACAAAGAUCUGACUCUUACCAAAAUCACGGAAUCAAUCAUGGAUCCAGCGGGCGCAUCAAGUUCCGCGAUCGCAAAGACUGAGAACUACCUUUAUUUCGAUCCACGCAGCGCGAAUGCACGAGGCGCCGUACCCCCCGCGGCCUCGACUCGUAAUCAACAAAGUGGUCCCGCACCCGGCACUGGCGCGAGUUUCGGCCAACGGCGACAGGGAUUCAGCGAGGCGAUCGUCUUCACGGUGGGAGGUGGGAGUAUGGAUGAAUAUGGCAAUCUUCAAGAUUGGGCACAUCGAACAGGGAGGGGAACCUUAGCAGGUGCAGGCCCGCUGAGUGGUUCUUCGAACACAGUUGGCGGAUCCGGCAGUGGUGGAGGAUCAGGGCCAUCUGGCGCCACGUCACGACGAAUUGUAUAUGGGAGCACGGAUCUAGUCAAUGCGACGGAGUUCUUGACAGAGGCGUUAGGGAAACUCGGGAAAGAAGGCUGA